UAUAAGCUCCCCGUGGUGACAAUUUUGCUAAUAGCUCGAGUCCCGUUUUGCCGCUCCCUGAAAGAUAUGGCUCAAUUUCAUUCCCGUGAAAAGUUCAAGAUGGUUACCAAACCCGACGAUUACCUGAAAUUGUGGUGGGUUUACAUGGGUCCAGAUGAGAGAAAAAUUAUUAGGACACACGUCGGGCACCUGUCUUCGUUGAUCGAAAUGGACGCUUGGCCUGAAAUUAUCCACGUGCUUACGACUUUUUGGGAUGAUCAGAAUAUGGUGUUUCGCUUUGGGGAUGUGGAAUUGACUCCUACCAUCGAAGAAGUGUUAAUUUGCUAUGAGAGUAUUGAAAUAUGUUUCAAGAGAAAGGAAAAACCUGAUAAGAACAUUUUAGUUCCUGCCGUGUGGGACCGUCAAACAAUCAAAGAGGCAUUUUUAACUGACGACGACACCUGGCUAGGGGAACGUGAUGGAGAAAAUAUCACUUUUCGGGAGUUGUAUCAUCGGUUUGGAAGAUUCAAUGCCUUCCACAAAUUUGGACAUAAAUUUGAGUCUGAAACAAAAUGGAAAGAGAUGAGAGCCUUUGCGUUUGCGGUAGGUCUACUCGGAACCAUGGUGUUCCCACAGGGGGAAAAUGGCACAAUUCAUCCAAGGGUUGUUACGGUGGCCCAUGCACUUUUCUUUGGAGUUGAUUACGAUUAUACCAAGGUAUUCCACAAUUUAGCUCCCAUGAUUGUCGCCGACAUAUAUCAAGCCUUGGGAAGGUUUCAAGUCGAAAGUCGUUUCUUUUCAAGGUUGCAACCUUAUAUUACAAUGGUGGAUGAUGAAGCAUUUGGUAAAGGAUUUGAGAACGGGAAAUACACCAUUCGAGGGGGCAAGUGGCCUUUCCUAGUGCUUCCCGGUCUCAGGGGGACCCGGCCCUACAAUCCUGGCAGAGUUCUUAGGCAAUUCGAGAUCAAGCAGGAGGCACCACAAAUAGAUUCCAUGCUUAGGUUUUUCACUGAAUACAAUGAAAGUGAGUCUCUACUAAAAGACGACAUGAUAAAUGGAUGGAGAAGAAGAAGGUGGACAGAAGUGACUUUCCAUAUAGAGCAUGACCCUGAAAUCAGCAAUACUUACAAGGAGUGGUUGAAAAAGAGUCUUGCCGGAGCAUUGAUUCCGGGACCAAAUGUGCCCACUGGGGUUGUGGAUGUAGAAUUCGAGCAUCAAAUUUGGCUCUACAGGCUACAAAAUGAGUUCCAGAAAAGUGAAAUCGCGCACCGGUAG